UUAGGCGGCGAACAUUUGCUUUGUGCAGACUUACAGACCCUGGACACGCUAGAGUAGAAUUUGCGGCUGAACAAAAAUAUUUGUGCGGGAGUCAAGCAAAGAUUUUUCCUGGAACAAAACAAAAUACACGCUCAAUCAUAAACAACAAGUGUAUAUGCUAGUGAAGGGAUAAAGUCCAAGUGACGUGUGAAAAACAUACAAAGUAAACAUUCGAUAUUCGAGCAUCAAAAAAACCAAAAAAAAAGAUGAAGCCAACAAAGAAUUCAACGCUGGAAAUCAUAUCGCCCAAGGUACACGUGGACGAUGAUUUCAUUGAGACCGACUAUGAAUAUCAAACAUCGCAUGUGAAGCGCACAGCAGCGGGCCAACUGCAGGUGCACCCGCAGACAACGUCGCUGAAAAUACGUACAGCUCGCCAUGUGCCCAAGUUGGGUGUCAUGCUCGUUGGAUGGGGUGGCAACAAUGGAUCGACGUUGACAGCCGCCUUGGAGGCGAAUCGCCGGCAGUUGCAGUGGCGCAAGAAGACGGGUAUACAGCAGGCCAAUUGGUUUGGUUCGAUUACCCAGGCAUCGACGGUCUUAAUCGGAUCGGAUGAGUCGGGCAGCGAUGUGCAUGUGCCGAUGAAGGAACUGCUGCCGAUGGUCGAGCCAAAUGACAUUGUUGUCGAUGGCUGGGACAUAAGUGGCCAGCAUUUGGGCGAUGCCAUGCGGCGGGCCGAAGUCCUGGACGUUGGUCUACAGGAUCAACUCUAUGAACAACUCUCGGCGUUCAAACCGCGUCCAUCCAUCUACGAUCCAGAUUUCAUCGCUGCCAAUCAAUUGGAUCGCGCCGAUAAUCUCAUCAAGGGCACCAGACUGGAACAGUACGAGCAGGUGCGUCGCGACAUCCGUGACUUCAAGAAGACAAGCGGCGUGGAGACAGUCAUUGUGCUCUGGACAGCGAAUACGGAGCGUUUUAGCGAAGUGAAGAAGGGCCUGAAUACCACCAGCCAGGAGCUGCAAGCCUCGCUCAAGGCCAACAUAUCGGAAGUGUCGCCAUCGACCAUCUUUGCCAUGGCCAGCAUUGCCGAAGGCUGUACGUACAUUAACGGUUCGCCACAGAACACAUUUGUGCCGGGUCUGAUUGAGCUGGCGGAGGAGAAACAGAUCUUUAUUGCUGGCGACGACUUCAAGUCGGGACAGACAAAGAUCAAGUCGGUGCUGGUGGACUUUUUGGUGGGUGCCGGCAUUAAGCCCGUCUCCAUUGUGAGCUAUAAUCAUUUGGGCAACAACGAUGGCAAGAAUCUCUCCGCACCCCAACAGUUCCGCUCCAAGGAGAUAUCCAAGAGCAACGUUGUCGAUGACAUGGUCGCCUCGAAUAAUGUGCUGUACAAGCCCAAUGAGCAUCCCGACCAUGUGGUCGUCAUCAAGUAUGUGCCCUAUGUGGGUGAUAGUAAGCGUGCCAUGGAUGAGUAUACCUCCGAGAUUAUGAUGGGCGGACAUAACACUCUCGUCAUACACAAUACAUGCGAGGAUUCGCUGCUGGCCGCACCCCUCAUCCUGGAUCUGCUCAUUCUUGGCGAGCUGAGUGCCCGCAUUCAGUUGCGCAGCGCCGAGCGAGAUGCUGCCGCUUGGGUGCCCUUCAAGCCGGUCCUCUCGUUACUUAGCUAUCUGUGCAAGGCGCCACUGGUGCCACAAGGAGCGCAGGUCGUGAACUCUCUCUUCCGUCAGCGUGCGGCCAUUGAGAACAUAUUGCGUGGCUGCAUUGGACUGCCACCCAUAUCACAUCUAACACUGGAGCAGCGGUUUGACUUUGCCAACAUUACGAAUGAGCCACCAUUGAAGAAGUCUAAGCUGAUCGGCCAGAAUUGCGCCGUGGAGUCCAAGGCUAAGCUGCACGCCAAUGGACACAGCAAUGGCACCAAGCUGGCCACCAAUGGCAAUGGUCACUGAGAGGUCUUUCAGUCACUGGAUUAUGUGAAACAAAGACAACAGUAGAAAAUAUAUAAAUAUCUACAUAUAUGCAAUAUUUAUGUAUAUCUACAUUUACAUAUAUAAGUUACGAUAUAUUAUUACAAAUAACUCAAACUAAAAAGCUAGAAUAAAUAUCAUUCAACACGUG